AUGAGGGCAGUUCACGCCUCGCACUUUGGAGUGUCGGUGCCGGUGGGAUUGGCGUUGGCCCAAGGUCCCCUGACGGAAGUUGUUUCCGACUUGGGAGAAACCUCAGUAGAAGGUGCUAAAGUCGAAGAUAAACCGCAGAGUAUAGGGGCCGUAAGGGAGGCGGUGAAGGAGGCGGUGAAGGAGGCCGUGGAGGAGGCCGUGGAGGAAGUAGCGAAGGAGCCUGCGCGGAUGAAGGCUCAUCCUGGGAUGGGUCUAAGGUCACAUCCAGGUAUGGGUCUAAGGUCACAUCCAGGUAUGGGUCUCAAGGCUAAAACUAAGACGCUGGCAUCGGAGACGCCGGUAUCGGAGAGGACGGAGUCGACUUCAGCUACGGCUUCGGCUUCGGCCACGGCUUCGGCCACGGCGUCGGCGUCGGCGUCUGACGAGCCCGUGAGCAAGGAUGAAGAAAAGAUAGUGUCGGGCCGAAAAUUUAAGACGGAGGAGGAGUUGAGGGAAGAGGAGUUGGCCUACCUGAAAGAGUUGAAUAAAGAGCUUGAUGUGGAGGUGAGUGCGGCAGAUACGGAGACGGCGUUGCAGGACUUUGCACAGACGGGUGAAAUGGAUGAUAGAGAUUUGGGUCCGAUGACUUUGGCGGAGGUGGAGAUGGUGGAUUUUUCGAUGAAGCCUUUUUGUACAUAUCGGGAGAGAGAUGCGAUUGUAGAGUGGAUGAACAAAUACGAUCCUUAUCAUGUGGAUCCGGACCGAGUAAAGAAAACGAGUUUGUUGGAGAUUGGAAUGCGAGCUUGGGAGCUUGUUCCUGGUAAUUGUACAAGUAUAAUGUUCCCGAGUGAACGAGAACGUAUCCGUCGUCAAAGAGUACGGCCUGACUAUGCUGGAGCUGUGUCUGCAGUGGAUCUGCCGUAUGAGGGACCAUUAUUUACUAAUGAGAAAGGAGAGACACAUCCAGCAGAGUCAAUUAGUAUCAGAGUGCGUCGGGGAAAAUUUGACCCAAUGAAAGAGAGAACGGAUAAAGAUCAUGCCUACCCUGAAUUUACAGAUUUAUAUGCGAACAAGUUGGAUACAGAGGUUAGUACAUAUCUUAUUACCGAAACAGAGUGGAAUAAUUUACUCCAGGAGAUGAUACAACCGACUACUGGUCCAUGGGCCAACAAAUAUCCUAUGGGAAUACCACAUGACUUUGAUAUGUGGAGAGAACCAUUACCUAAAGAAGAUGAAGUUUACUAUGGUGUUCCUUUAACAACUCUAAAACACCCUUACGACUGGCAUAUAUUUAGAGCCGAUAUAGCCACCUUAGUCCAAGAAGAAGUUGACCGUAUCAUUCAUAUCAGUCAAGGUCAUUAUAGAAAUCACAAGAAACGAGAACAAAUAGUUCAGGAUGUUUGGGCAAGCUUCAGUAUACGAUUGGUUCACUACGAUCAUGGAGAAGAAGUCUUGAGAAAUAGAUUUGAAGAACGUGCCUUGCUAGGCUUCUAUAAGGGCAGAAGACAUGCCACUGAUUUCUUCCACAGGCAUCAUCGUAGACAGAGGACGCAACAAAUCAUAGGACAAAUGGUCGAUGUAUACUUACAGCACUUCCCGAAGGAAGAGGUACUACGUCACAAAAGAUUCCAAGAAUUUAUUGAAAAAGAGAGAGUUGCUGAGGAAAUUAGGAGACAGCAAGAAAGGAACGAAUGGAUCGAAAAAUACAGAGCAGGAGUUAAAUGGUACCUUGUGCCUUGGUAUAUGCUUCAAAGCAUGUUCUACUAG